CCCAGGCUGCGGCGGCGGCGGCGGCGGCGGCGGCGGCGGCGGCGGCGGGAGUCUCGGGGCCCGGAGCUGCCCAGGCUUCCCCAGCCCGCCCCCCGCCUCUGUGACCGUCCGGACGCCGCUCGAGCCUCCGCAGCUCCCGCCACCCCAAGCAGCCGGUCACCUGGAGACAAAGCAGGAGCCUCUCUCUCUCCACACCCGCAGGGCCGUUCUCAGCCCCUAGUCCUUGCUGCGGGCCGCCGACCCCGCCCAGGCCGGCUGGGCUGAAGACCCCAAAGGCCGCCCCCUCCCUAGCUGCAGCACCGACCCUCCUCCAACUUCCUCCCUUUUUCUCCCGGUGCGCCGCAGACACGCUCCAAAUCUAAGCGAUCACCACGGCCACUGGCACGCAUAUCUGCGCGCACCCGUGGCCACUGCAGACAGCGAACGUAUCCACACCCCCAUUCCCAGCGUCCCGCGGGUCUUCCACUACCAGCACCAGCACCAGCACCAGCACCGAGUAACAGGCCUUCGAGGGCACCGCACCGCCAGCCAGCAUUGCAAGUGAGUCGCGGUGCCCGGGUCUCUACGACAGUCCGGCCCCCGGAUGCAGCAGGUUCUGCUGCUCGAGGCUCGUCCACUGCGUGGCCGCGGCAGUCGGAGGAAGCCCUCGGUCUCCCGCUGUCUAUGGAUGGUGCGGCUGGUAUCGUCUGCAGCGCACUCGCAGACCGGGCAGGGCUCCCAGACACGUCCGAGAGAACGAACGCAGUAGCUGCCCUGAAACCUCGGCCUGAAUGGGUACAAGGAAAAGCCGAGUCCCGUCAGUUAAAUAACCACCUCAGUUCCGCAAAUCCUCCGCAACGGGCCCAAGCACCCGAGAAAAGUCAAGGCUCCAGACCAGCACGUACCGCGCAGCCGCUACUCGGGGGUCUCCGGGAGCCGGCCGCGAGGCUCUGGCCGGCUGCCGCAGCCCAGUGUCGUGGAGCGGGGCCCCAGCUCCCGGGACAGAGCGGAGAGCACGCGCUGCCUUCCCAGCCGGCCCUGAGAAGCUUCACCACUCCCUCGCGCGGAAUCCCGGCCCGAGCCGUACUUCGGCCAAGUGCCCGUAGCCUUUCCACGGAUGACCCCUCACCAAACUGGACCUGCAGGGGAAGGGAACCCGACCCGCCUGAUCGCCGCCUCCCGCCCAGCGACAAGUGGGACGGGUACGUGCAUCUCUGCCUGCACGUGCUCGGGAAGGGAGCAGGAGGUGGAGCCGAUCUGACUCCGGUGUUUGUGUUCCGUCGGCACCCGGCCCGCUCCCGGGGAUUCGGAGGUAUUUACCUUGCGUUUCUCAGUCCGAGAGUCAGAGUCAGACAUUGGGGGGACGAGGGCCAGGGAAAGGGCGCCGAGGGGGUGGCGGCGGGAGCGGGGCGAAGCGAGCAGCCCGCGGCGAUGCUGGCCGCAGUUGGGCUGGGGCGCGCAGGGCGACUUCAAGAAUCCGGUGGCAGUGGUGGCGGCGGCGACGCGAGACGGAGCGCUCUUACAAGACCAGAACCUGGAGGCUGCGCGGAGCGAAGUGAAACCUGCACAGCCCUGCAGCUCGGCUCUGGCUGGUGGCCCCGCGCCCGCACCCAAUCACUGUGAGCUCCGCCCCCGCUGGGUCCCGCCCCGGCGCGCGGGCUGGCAAGCCCCGCCCCCGCUGCGCAGCAGCCUCUGGCGCUUUCAGGCUCCGACAGGGACACCUAGCCUGUCUCCCGCGCGGAACCUCCGAUAAGAGGCAGAGCCCUUGGCGGGGCGAGUGGAGAAAGAGGCCAGGAGCUGAUCCCCGGAGGCGUCUGUUCCGUAGCCCCGAAGCGAGAAGGGGCUGAGCGCAGAGCAGAACGAAGAAGGAAUGGUCCUCAGUUGCAGAGGAGCAAGUCAGCGAGGCGUUUGUCCCGCUGCUGGCCACCUCGGUCAGUUUUACGCUGCAUAAGCAGACAUGGAACGUCAGCGAGACAGCACAGCCCCUGGUUAAAGUCUUCUCAGCACAUCCUCCCGCGAAUCCUGAGCGAAGUGUGGGAGGCCAGGGGUUCCCGGAUGGACUCAAGGACCCAUGGCCCGUUCUGCCUCGGGAUUUCGUCGCAAGAGGGAGAGGACGAGGGCGUGCACGCGGCGAAGUGGACGCAGAGGCCAGAUGUCUACCCUGACCGUGGCUUGGAGCUGCUGCCUUCGACCUCAGGUGGCGGCCAUGGGUGAUCUCUGAGCCUUAGCCGCCCGGUGUAGUAGCACCCCGGGGAAAAUAACAGAACUCCUGUGCCCGCUGGGAGCCCCAAACCCGACCUAGUGCUCCGAGCUCUCCGUGGGGUAGGGCGACGCAGACGGGGACAGGAAAAGAACCACGCAGAAGCCGUAGUGGUUAUCAUCUGCUUCUGUGCAGCUCCGCCGCCCCCGCGUCGUCUGCUUUAGCGACCCUGUGAACACUUUAAAACAACAACAACAAAAAAUAAAACACACACACACACACCAAAAAAUCAAAGGCAUCAGGGAAAGCAAAUGGUUAAGCGCACUUAUUUGGGACACGAAGAGGAGGUCGUCUCGGAGUCUGCUGUUCAUGCAGCCCAGACUGUGCUGGGGAGCUUUGGCAGAACACCCCGCGCUCUUCCCGCCCUCUCCCACAGGGGCCGGAGGUCCUCUGGAAAGGGACCGUGUGGCAAGAGCAGGUGGGCUCUCUGCUCCGGUCCGGUCCUGGAUGUCGCCCUCGCAGACACAAGCAGAGCUAUGCCCACUCCUGCCUCCGCCAGGAGAGGUGGAGAGGGAGUAAGGAGGAUGGCUUGGACUGAGAGAAAGGAGCAAGAAUGAAGUGGGGCAAUGAUCUGAAAAAUGAGAUAGGAAAUCUACAGCCCUUGCCCAGACCACAGGCGUUGCCGGUGUGGUGUCUCCGAGCUCCGAAAUCGACUUAACUGAAAUGUACGGCCCUAGCCCGCCUCCCCAUCCUCGGAAGUAGCCGGAGCGCCUUCCCAUCGCUUAAUGUCUUUAUUAAACUUUGUAUCUAUGCUCCUCUAAAGAACAGAUUACAAUUUCAUAUGGUAAAAAUAUUUUCCGCUCGUUGUCUUACGGUCCGGAAGCCGCCUGCCAGAGAGGACGAGCCGGAGUUCGCGCUCUGCGGAGAGCAAAACUCCAGGCAUACACGCUCCCCUUUCCACAUCCGUGCGUUGCCUCGAAGACUCCAAGGGGGAUCUGAUUCACUGGAAAAGCAUCACUUGCUGAGCUGAACUUUGCCCACGAGUGUUUGAUUUUUAUGCUUUGAUUUUUCCCCCCACGCAGCACCAAUGCGUUUUCCAAAAAUCACUGUAACUCUGAAUCACCGCUGACAGCAGGAGACCUUUGGCGACACCUGGGUGUGGGGUGUGUUCGCAGGGGAACCCACUGUCUAGGGGGAUCAGGCGCCUAAGCUGGGAGAGGUUGCGGCUGGGCGCGGCCGGGUUACGUGAUAAGGAUCCGUGUUCCGGGGCUGCCGCCUGGCUUCCUUUCCCAACAGCCCAUCGCGAACCGCGCCAGCCUCGGUGGGAACCUCGCUCUGCGACCGAAAAUCCCCGAGGGCCCAGCGCGUGCCAGGCCGGCCUCGGCCCCAGCUCCAGGCGUCAGAGAAGCUAGUGUCGUGGCAACUGCGAGCGAGCCACCACCCUUCCCGUCACGCCCGCUAUAACUUGGCUCCCAGCUUGGGCCGCCGAGAGCGCGCCCCUUCUCGGGCCUGGGGUUGUGGCGGUGCAGGGUAGAAGGCCCAGGCCGCCUGCGCAUUGGUGAUCCCGGCGAUUGGUGCAUGGAGGGAGGUGUGUGGAAUGUUAAAGGCGGAGAUCACCCUCAGGGCAUCAUCCUUCACCGAGUCGCACAAAUCCAGUAACUGCAAAACAUGACACAAAGUGACAGAUCAGAUGUUGGCUCACUUACAGCGCGGGGUGCCAUUGGCUUUGCGCCCACUCCCAAGCACCUGCACAGGUAGCCACUGGGGCAACUAGUUUCCCUUGGGAUUUCCCGGGACCCAGGAGGGUAGAGGCCGUUGGUCAUGAAUAACCGUCACAAGACUUACCUUAGAAAUUCCCAAGUCUGUGACAGCUGGUCCUGCAGAAGUCCACUUCUUCCAUACAGGGUUGGGGGCGGGCUCCAAAUUAGAUGGGAAUCUCAGGACCAAGGUCUGGGAAUUUUAUCAGCAUUCCCCUUGCCUGCCCUGCCCUGCCCUCCCCUCUCCUCCAGUCCCCAUCCUUUUCCUCCCCUCCACCUCUGGAGUGCCUGGGGUGCCCCCCUCUGGCGUGCUGACGCAAUUGAACAGGAAGAGCAUCAGACAGGUGAACCCAUUGGAGACUAGCCCCGGUUCUCUCCAGACUAGCACCUCCCCACCCCUGGCUGGCAGCAGGCCAUAGUUCCCGAAAUGCAGGCACAGUGGGACUGGGGGUACCAAGACCAAGCACUGGCAUCUCUGUGCAUCUUACACCUGGUUACUGCAGCAAAUCAACCUGCAGUUAAGGCGAACACCGAGGAACCUGGCAGAUGUCCAUGUGUAUUCUGAUAACCGUUGGAAAACACAAAUAUGACAUCUCGGCAGAAGGGAGGGGGAAAUGUAAGCUAGUGAUUUUGCAGGAGCUCCAUUGGGUGUAUUUUAAUUUCAUUUUCCAUGGAUUAGGUGCCAAUGCAUUUUUUUUUUUUCUUUUUAUUCCCAGGGCAAAAAAAAAAAAAAAAAAAAAAAAAAAGCUACCAAAAAUAAUAGGUUGUUUUUCUAAAACUCAACAAGGACAAGGCGGAGGGUCUGCUUUCCUUUCCCAUAACCAGCUGCACAAUUUACCCCUCCAUUUUUUAAGUUUUCAGCCAGCCAUAAAUUUCUUUCACUCACCAAAUUACAGUUAGCCCCCAAGUUUUUAUGGUUGUAAAAACAACACUUACACCAGCCCCACUGUAGCCGCCCUCACAGCAGUGGUCAUUACUGAGCUACAUUAAUACUGUAAAGAGCACAGUUCCCUUACAGCAGUCCAAAAUGCCAUUUCAGGUGUUCAGAGACAAUGAGGGGGGGCGUCCCCAAAACAGGGGUUGGGGUAGGAUAGGGGAAGAUCAUGAAUUUUAAUAGUCUAACAAUACAUCUGCCUUUAAAAUGUGCUCUAUUACACCAGUAAUUUCUAAUGAAAACCUUCAUUCUUUACACACUGUGGUUCAGCAUCAUAAAAUCAGUAGUGAAAAGACUUUGAUCAUAUUUGCAAGAUGCACUAUGAUGAACUUUCACUGACCAAGAUUUCAAAGUUGGUAAUUAAUACUCUUGACAAAUCCCUGACUAAUCUGUCAACUCUCAAGGUCUUUAACCACACAGCUCAAAACCGUGAGAUGGUGUAGGAGUCCUUAAACCUUCUAUGUAUUGUAACGUCAUUAUUCAAGAUCAGUUUUCCUUUAGGUCUGCAUUAUGAAACUCAACCAAUUUUUGUCACAUAUUCGACAAUGGGGGAGAUUCAAUUAUAUGAAUGAGUGUUAUAUGGAAGCGAGUAUGGGUUUGGUCUGGCCAGUACCAGACACAGAAUAAGCACCGAGAGAGAGAAAUUGCAGGAGGCAGAUUUAUUCAAUUCCACAACUAUUCCACAAUUCCACAGUCUAUUCAAUUUCCACAACUUUAUUCUCUUAAAACAUUUUUUAAGUGUUUAUUUUUGAGAAAGACAGAGCGAGCCCAAGUGGGGGAGGGGCAGAGAGAGGGAGACACAGAAUCCGAAGCAGGCUCCAGGCUCCGAGCUGUCAGCA